GUGACGUUGAACACACCCUGUGUUGAAAGUUCGGUUUUUGAAACUGCUUUUUACCGCAAAACUUGACAUUUUCGACUCAAGAUGAUGAAUACAUUUGUGGCACAUCCAAGUAUACGAGUUAAAGGCUCUGAAAAUAACUGGAAUCCAGUACAGUGUGUAAAUGUGGAGUGUUAUCAUAACACUAAAGGCAGUCAUAUGCACUGUCCUUUCUGUGUUAAAACUGAAUCGUAUCAUGAUCCGGUUAUUUUACGUGCUCAUUAUAGAGUGAAGCAUGUAGACAAGAGUUUGGAAUUUGCAGGUUUAAAAAUUCUUCGUUGCUGCGAACAGUGUGAUAUUGUUGGGGCUAUAAAAGGAGAGAAAAAGUUUAAAGGAGCUCACUGGCAUUGUUAUAGAUGUCGCAAUGGGUUCAACAGAAGAGAUGAGGCUCUCAAACAUUACAAGACUCACUUCCGUAAUCCACAUACUACCUUCCAGAUACAGGUAGCUCAUGAUAUUAACAGCAAUGCAUCAUGGGAAAAUGCCAUGGGUGGUGAUGCGGUGUUAACCAACACUACAACUCAAGGCAUGACAGAUGAAGUCACUAUACAUCCGGUGUUAACUGAGGCUGUUAUGACAACUACCACCACUCCCUGUACAGAUGAAGACAUGAAUAAAGCACAUGAUGCCACAGCAGCCACAAUAUCUGCUAAUGGUUUAACUGUGGCUGCUACAGAGACUGUCAACUCUGACGAAGGAUCAUCGGCUGCUCAAGCUGUUAUUCUGAUUGAGAGUACAGACAGUGGUGAGCUAGACCAACCAGCAACAACUACCAUUUACCAAACAGUCAACGAUGACACACACAGAGUAUUACAACUAGAGAAGCAAAUAGCUCAGCUCCAAGCUGACAAGCUGGAAUCAGAAAAACAGCUGAAAACUGAAAUUCAGAAGCUUAGAGAUCAGGUGCAGCAUCUGAACAAUACAAAUAGUAUCCUACAACAACAAAUCCAGGCUUUGAGGAGUGCCUCGUUGCAGCGUCUUACGAUGGAUGCCCAGGCAGAUAUACAACAUAUGAUUAGCAACAUGGAACACGAACACAGCAACUUACUGCAUCAUCAUUUAGCCCAACUCAGACAAUACUACCACAGCAUGUCUAGUAGUGAAUCUGACAACUAUGUCCAUCCUGUUAUGAUCUCUGAUCAGACUAUACAGCAGAUUGUUGUGUCCACGCAGUCGGGAUCGUCAACAGAUGUUGACUCUGAUUCCGUCAACACAACUGUUGGGGACUUAUGCCAGGAUGCUACCACGGUUGUGAUACCACAGGGAAAUGGUAAUUAUAUUGUGCACCAAGAAAAGAAUGAUAAAUCACAGUCGAAGGAUAUCAACGUGGAAAUAGCCGACAAACAUUAUGUGCAGGAUAAAGACAACAGUACAAACGAGUCAGACACUGAUGUGGUACACAUAGCGAAACGACGAAAAGAGUUCUAGUUCACUGGUUCAUAUUUAGCAGUCCAUUGCUUAAGGGCUGGUAAGUGCAGUGAUGUCCAACAAGAUCCCAGUGAAGUUACAUACGGUAG